GAGUGGGCAUCUUUGUCUUGUUCCUAAUCUGAGAGGAAAGCUUUCUGCUUUUUAUUUGUAUGUAUAAUGUUAGCUAUGAGCUUGUUAUCUGUCACCUUUAUUAUGUUUAGGUACAUUCUUUCUAUACCCCCUUUGUUCAGAAUUUUUAUCAUGAUGGGCAUUGAAUUGUGUCAGAAACUUUCUGCAUCUGUUGAGAUGCUCAUAUGAUUUGCAUCCUUUGUUUUGUUAACAUGUAUCAGGUUCAUUGGUUUGUGGAUGUUGGACUAUCCUUGCACCCUUGGAAUAAAUCCCACUGGAUCAUGGUAUAUGAGCCUCUUAGUGUAUUGUUGAAUUUGGUUUGCUAAUGUUUUGGUGAGGAUUUUGGCAGCUGUGUUUGUCAGGGAUAUUGGCGUGUAAUUUUCUUUUCUUGUGGUGUCUUUGUCUGGUUUUGUUAGGAGAGUAAUUCUGGCCUUGUUGUAGAAGCACUUAGAAUUCUCUGAAAGGUUUUCUGGACCAUAAGGCCCUCCACUGAGCACAUCUCCCAAAAGUCUCUAUGUUCAACUGGGAGCCCAGAGCCAGAGCCCUGCCUUUGGCGCAGGUGUGGGCUUGUGUUUAAGGGGUAUAUAUGGGGAAUCUCCGUGGAGGACGGCAGAGCGUGGGUCUCACCUCCCCUGGGGCCGCGUUGCUCGCUUCCUAGGAGCUUGUGUCUUACAUGCCCUGUGCAGCGAGCAGCCUUACCAGCUGACUUAAUGUCUCCUGUGCUUGCCCAGGAACAGGCCGGGCUCUUGCCAUGGGGCACUGUCGCCUCUGCCAUGGGAAGUUCUCCUCACGGAGUCUCCGCAGCAUUUCUGGCCGGGCACCUGGGGAGAGCUCAGACAGACCACCCCCAGGGGAGCGAGUUUUCAUCAGGGACUUCCAGCACUUGCUGGGGGUGGCCGUCCACCAGGACCCAGCUCUGUCUCAGUUUGUCUGCAAGAACUGCCACACCCAGUUCUACCAGUGCCAUGGCCUCCUCAAGUCCUUCCUGCAGAGAGUCAACGUCUCCCCGACCGGCCACCGGAAGACUUGCACAAAGGUUGGUGCCCAGCCCCCACCAGGGGCAGAGGAGGGAGCGUGUCUGGUGGACCUGAUCACUUCGAGCCCCCAGGGCCUACGUGACUUGGUGGCAUGGGUGCAUGGACACGCAGCCAGCUGUGGGGCCCUGCCUAACCUCCAGAGGACACUGUCCUCCGAGUACUGCGGUGUUAUCCAAGCCGUGUGGGGCUGUGACCAGGGCCACGACUAUACCAUGGACGCCGACUCCAGCUGCGGGGCCCUCUUGCUGGACAGUGCGUUGGCAGUCAAGUGGACAUGGGACAAGGAGAUGGCCCCGUGGCUCACCCAGCAUCGGGGCUCCAACCCCACUGGGGCUGCCCCUCAGAGCUCCCAGGGCAAAGCGACCACAGUUCCAGCUGAGACCGAGACACUGCCCAGCACGGACAUGGCCCAGCCUCCUUCAGAUGUCAUCCCUGUAGGGCCUGGGCUGAGCCCCCCACCUCAGCCAAGCUUCCCCUCAAGUGGGGCCCCAGGGCGGUUGGGUGAGAAGCAGGUUCCAUCUUCAACCUCGGAUGAUCGGGUAAAAGACGAGUUCAGUGACCUUUCUGAGGGGGACAUCCUGAGUGAAGACGAAAAUGACAAGAAGCAGAAUACCCAGUCCUCGGACGAAUCCUUUGAGCCUUACCCAGAAAAGAAAGAGAGAGAGCUGACGGGGGUUACAGCAGGAGAGGAGAGAGAGGUGCGGAACUAUAUCUGUGAUGAGUGUGGACAGACCUUCAAGCAACGGAAGCACCUUCUUGUCCACCAGAUGCGCCACUCAGGAGCCAAGCCUCUGCAGUGUGAAGUCUGUGGCUUCCAGUGCCGGCAGCGAGCAUCCCUCAAGUACCACAUGACUAAACACAAGGCUGAGACUGAGCUGGACUUUGCCUGUGACCAGUGUGGCCGGCGGUUCGAGAAGGCCCACAACCUCAACGUGCACAUGUCCAUGGUCCACCCUCUGACGCAGACCCAGGACAAGGCCCUGCCCCUGGAGCCACCGCCUGGGACUGUGGAGGGCCAGGCCGUGAAGCCCGAGCCUACCUGAACUCCGGUGGUAAAUGGGGUUAAGACAGUUUCAGUAGUUCCUCAUACGCACCCAGACAGCACAGCUUUGCUCGCUCGCUCCCCUGGAGCCCCCAUGCUGUACCCCCCCAACCUGUGUGUCAGGAGGGCAUUGAUCUGCAGUAUGGUGACCGUGGGCUCAGUGUGCAACUCACGUAGCCUUUCCAGCCUCCACUCUGGGACCAGCAUUUUCCUACAAAUACUGAAUGACUCGGGGCCAGAUGAAUUUUAAAUAAUUGAUUCCUAUUCCCCACUAAAGCAAUCAAGGAGAUUUGUAAUCCACUUUUUAGUGCAAGAGCUCCAUGUUAUGCUUGUAAUAAAUUAUUUACCAAGGAGCUGGGCUGUGCGCUGCGCAGGGUCCAGUCAGAAGA